UCACUUUGCUUUCCUGCGGGUCACCAUGCCCGAGCCCGCCAAGUCCGCGCCGGCCCCGAAGAAGGGCUCCAAGAAGGCGGUGACCAAGGCGCAGAAGAAGGACGGCAAGAAGCGCAAGCGCAGCCGCAAGGAGAGCUACUCGGUGUACGUGUACAAGGUGCUGAAGCAGGUGCACCCCGACACGGGCAUCUCGUCCAAGGCCAUGGGCAUCAUGAACUCGUUCGUCAACGACAUCUUCGAGCGCAUCGCGGGCGAGGCGUCGCGCCUGGCGCAUUACAACAAGCGCUCGACCAUCACGUCCAGGGAGAUCCAGACGGCCGUGCGCCUGCUGCUGCCCGGGGAGCUGGCCAAGCACGCCGUGUCCGAGGGCACCAAGGCCGUCACCAAGUACACCAGCUCCAAGUGAGUCUGCCAGCUGCUGAAAGAACGGUCCUGACAGACAUAGACCUAUGGCCAACCGGCUCUUUUUAGAGCCGUCCA